AUGGCGCCGAAGAAAAAGGGAAACAAGAAGGGCGGCGAUGACGACUGGGAAGCCGAGCUGGGCGAGUCCAUCGUGCCCACCGGCGAGGCCCCCGCCACCGAUGCCGCCGCUGCUGGCGACGCCGCUGCCGAGGAGGAGGAGGCCGGCGGCCUGAUGGCGACGCUGCGCAAGAACAGGGAGAAGCGCAAGAAGAAGGGCCUCCAGGGACGAAGGAGGAGGCGGCCCGGAGGUCGCCGCCCCCGUCGAGGCCACGGCCGAAGGACGAGUGGGGCGCUGCCCGAGAAAGAAGGGCAAGGGCGGCAAGGGCAAGCAGGCCGACAAGUCUGCGGCGGCGGGCGACGAUGCUGGCGACGACGCCGGCAACCCGGUCGUUUUCUUGACCCAGGGCGGGAAGGAGAAGGAGGAGGAGAAGCCAGGGCGGAGGAGGAUGCCCGCCGCACCGAGGAGGAGAUCAAGGCCCGCGAGGAGGCUCGCCUCCUCAAGAAGCAGAGGGAGAAGGAGAAGAUCGAGCAGCUCAAGAAGGAGGGCAAAUACAUGACCAAAGCCCAGAAGGAGGAAAAGGCCCGCAACGAGGGCAAGCUUCAGCAGAUGAUUGCUGCCGGUAUCAAGGUCGGCCCUGCCGAUGAGGAGGGCGAGACGGAGAAGAAGAAGCCCGCCGACAGGAAGAAGGGCGGCCGCAAGGCUGCUGAGAAGGUCGACGAGGAGAAGGUGCUCGCCGAGGCUGCCGCCCGUGCGAAGGAGCAGGCUGAGAAGCUCCUCAAGGAGGCCGAGGAGGAGGCCCGCCGAAAGGCCGCAGAGGAGGAGGCCAAGGCGGCCAAGAAGCCCGAGAGCGACGUCGAGGAAGACUGGGAGGCCGCAUCUGACUCUGACGACGUCAAGGACAGCUGGGAUGCUGACAGCGACGACGAGGCCAAGGCCGACAAGGCGCUUCCCUCGAGGCCAAAGGCAAAGGAAGACGGUUCGGAAGAAGAGGAAGACUCCGAGUCCGAAUCCGAGUCGGAAGACGAGGAGGCCACCACGAGGGCCCUACAGGAAGCACAGCGCAAGAGGGAGGCGGCCGAGCGUCGUGAGAAGGCCCACCAGGCGCCCUUCGCCGCCCGGUCCAAGGACAACCUCCGAUCGCCCAUUUGCUGUAAUUCUUCGGUCAAGGCGGCGCUGGGUGUCAAGAUCAGCGCGCCGGGUCUCGAGGGCGCCAUUGCCGGCUCCCGCCUGCUCGUUGUCGGUCCCGACGACGACGAGGACGACCUCUGCGACGAGGUCGAGGCCGAUCUCGCCGUGCUGUUCAACCGCGUGGAGAAGACGGGUCGCGGUGUCAGCGUGCAGGCCUCGACGCUGGGUUCGCUCGAGGCCCUGCUCGACUUCCUCAAGGACUGCAAGAUUCCCGUGGCCAACGUGGGUAUCGGCCCAGUGUACAAGCGCGACGUUAUGCAGUCGGGCAUCAUGCUGGAGAAGGCGCCGGACUAUGCCGUCAUGCUCUGCUUCGACGUCAAGGUCGACAAGGAGGCGCAGGCCUACGCCGAGGACGUGGGUGUCAAGAUUUUCACGGCCGACAUCAUCUACCACCUGUUUGACUCGUUCACGAAGCACAUGGACGAGCUCCUGGAGAAGAAGAAGGAGGAGUCCAAGAUGCUGGCCGUCUUCCCCUGCGUUCUCAACACGGUGGCUGUGUUCAACAAGACGAACCCUAUCGUUGUCGGCGUCGACGUUGUGGAUGGCCAGCUCAAGAUCAAUACGCCCAUUGCCGCCGUCAAGACGAACCCGGUGACGGGUGUCAAGGAGGUCAUCAACCUCGGCAGAGUUACCUCGAUCGAGCGCGACCACAAGCAGAUUCCCGUGUGCAAGAAGGGCCAGCCGUCGGUGGCAGUCAAGAUCGAAAUGGGCGGACACCAGCCGACAUACGGACGACAGCUCGAGGAGCCGGAUGCGCUGUACAGUCUCAUCUCGCGCAAGAGCAUCGACACGCUCAAGGAGUUCUACCGCAAGGACGUGUCGAACGACGAGUGGCAGCUCAUCAUCAAGCUCAAGCCUCUGUUCGACAUUCACUGA